AUGGCGUCAAUGACAGACCAGCAGGCGGAAGCCCGCGCCUUCCUCAGCGAGGAGAUGAUCGCUGAGUUCAAGGCUGCCUUCGACAUGUUUGACGCGGACGGUGGCGGGGACAUCAGCACCAAGGAGCUGGGCACGGUCAUGAGGAUGCUGGGCCAGAACCCCACCAAGGAGGAGCUGGACGCCAUCAUUGAGGAGGUGGACGAGGACGGCAGCGGCACCAUCGACUUCGAGGAGUUCCUGGUGAUGAUGGUGCGCCAGAUGAAAGAGGAUGCCAAGGGCAAGUCCGAGGAGGAGCUGGCCAACUGCUUCCGCAUCUUCGACAAGAACGCGGACGGGUUCAUCGACAUCGAGGAGCUGGGCGAGAUCCUCAGGGCCACCGGCGAGCACGUCACCGAGGAGGACAUAGAAGACCUCAUGAAGGACUCAGACAAGAACAACGACGGCCGCAUCGACUUUGAUGAGUUCCUCAAGAUGAUGGAGGGCGUGCAGUAA